UGUACUUCAGUUGUGAGUUUGUAGGCAGAGUCGCGGUCAGACUGUUUGCAAGUCUGAUCAGACUUGCUGUGUAAUGGCUACAACAACUUACAUCGCUUCAAGUGCAGUGUGUUCUGAUCCAGUCAGUGUGCCGGACUGUCUAACAAUGAACAUAGUGAACACUCAAGGGUAUGGGCGUGAAGCCCACGAAAUGAAGUAUAUGCCCCAACACCAAGCGCCCAUGGCCCACAACCCAUGGGUAGGUUUGCCUCCUUCAGACCCGAGUCACUGGGCCUCCAUGCAUCCACAUCCACAUCUCCAUCAGGAUAUCAAGCCGCAGCCUUCAGAAAUGGGUCUCCAUCACCGUCCAGCCCACCAUAUGUCACAUAGCUGGCAACCACCAGUGUCCUCGCCCUACAGUUUGUCUGCUGGUAACGGCGGCUCUCCGCUGGGACACCACGCAGCAGCCUACGCUAUGAAUGGUAUGCUUCCCCCACAGAUGCAUCCUGGACACCUGAGAGACAUCCACUGCGAGUCACCUGUCACCCCUGACCACCACGUUCAUCACGAGGCCGAGGAAGAGACUCCAACCAGUGACGACCUCGAGGCUUUCGCCAAGUCCUUCAAGCAGAGAAGAAUCAAACUGGGCUUCACGCAAGCCGACGUCGGCCUCGCCCUCGGGACCCUCUACGGCAACGUCUUCUCACAAACCACAAUCUGUAGAUUCGAGGCCCUACAGUUGUCCUUCAAAAACAUGUGCAAGCUGAAACCUCUGCUGAUGAAGUGGCUGGAGGAAGCCGACUCCACCACGGGCAGCCCAACGUCCAUCGACAAGAUCGCUGCCCAGGGAAGGAAACGCAAAAAGCGCACCUCCAUAGAAGUGUCGGUGAAGGGGGCCCUCGAACAACACUUCCACAAACAACCCAAACCGUCGGCACAGGAGAUCUCGACCCUCGCCGAUACCCUUCAGCUGGAGAAGGAGGUGGUGCGAGUGUGGUUCUGCAACAGACGGCAGAAGGAGAAAAGGAUGACGCCUCCCAUGAUGGGAGCAGGGCACGACGGUCCCCAAGGUGUCAACGGUACCCCACCGGGUCCAGGUCAACAGAUAACGCCCACAUCUGAUUACGGACAACCCAGGUCAGUAGAACUUCCCCGUGAAUUGAAGUAUCCCACUUACACCCACCAGACGAUGCACGGGUCUCCAACACACCUGCCUCCCCAGCAUUCCCCGCCAGGUCCGUUACUCUCGCCGCAAAUGCCCCCUCAUAGCGUGGCGCCUCCGCACACGGCCUCCCACUGAUGGUCGCUCAACCUGUGGCAGGAGCCAGCCUACUGACCAGCACCUACUGGAGGGAGCGUUGGUCGCUCCUAUAAAGAAUGACUCUUCCUGCCGCCCCUUCAAAAAUUUAGCUCAUGCCACAGGGAGCCCCGGGGGAGAGACGGACACAAAGUCAGAGCUUAAGACUCGGUAGCCACAUGGCAAAGGCAUCCGCAGAAGAAAUGAUAAAAGAUAAGCAGCGCCCAUUUGCCAUUCCUACCGGUCCUCGUGGGUCCUCCCCAGGAACCAUUGGUCCCUGGGUGAGGGGUUGGUGACUAUUUAGGUACCCUUCCCCGCGAGGAGUGCAUAGAUUUGCCGUCAACCCCACUUUUGUUUCAUCGAAGAAGAGGAAAAAAUGUGUCCACUGUAUGUGCGAGAAAGAUGAAAUGGGAUACUUUUUCAGUGAUAAUAAACAAACUCAUUUUAUUUGAACUAACCUCUUCUUGUGUCGAGGACGUGUAUAAAGAAAGAGAAAAGUGUUCCAGACAUGAAAAGGGAAAAUAAAAACAUUCCAUACUUCGCCAGACAUUCCAUAGAACGAAAAAAACAAAACGGUUUAGAUAGACUCUCGCCAGAGCGCCAUGUUUACAUACAGAUUCAUUUUAUCUGUUUUCCUCAGUGACGUGAAAGAGUAGUCGUGUCGAAUUAAACAGUUAAACUGAGCUUCAUAUAUUUCCAUGUGAAAAAUUAUGUAGCGGUUGCGUCGACUCUUGAUUCCUUUUGUGUGUGAGUGUGUGUGUGCGUGUGUGUGUGUGUGUGCAGCGUCUUUUGAACAUUUCCUCCAGCGGUAGAACGAUGAUGGGUGGCAUGGGGGUUGCUUUUGGGCGUCCCAGCGCUUGGGCGCUCAGCCCACAACACACCUGUGCGGGCGGCCCCACAACCCACGCCCACCUGUCAAGAAGUAUUCCGACGCUAUCGAAGGCUUGUCUGUCUGUCGUUGUGGGUGUUGUCCGUCCGUCCGUGGUGGUGUCGCCGCUCAGCAGCCCCCUGUACCCCGCCCCCCUCUUAAACGCACCACCACCACCACCACCAUCAUCAUCAUCUUCAUCAUCAUCAUCUUCUUCUUCUUCUUCUUCUUCAUCAUCACCGCUAAACAGCAUCCAUCAUCUCCCCAGGUAGGCCACAACCUGUAUAACAUCCUCUUGAGCCUCCACCACUUCCAACGCCGCUGCCGGACUUUUAUUGCUAGAAAUAUUAAUCAUAAUAAUAAUCACAGUCAAUAUCAACACCACAGCAACUUUUACAUUACAGCUAAAUAAAUCAAUCGAUCAAUAUUCAAGUGCAAGAGCGCUGCUGCUGAUGAUGAUGAUCAGUUCGAAACAGAGUCGUGAUGACGUCGAUAUACCUUCCUUUUUUUUUCUUCUUUUUUUUAUUGUCGAUUUUUCCAGUCGAAGAAAAUGAUGAUGGUAGAAGUGGUGAGAGCGAGAGAGGAGGAGGAGGAGGAGGAGGAUAAUAUGAGCGAGUGCGAGAAGAUAAACAAACAACUGGUGAGUGUUGUUGUCGUUGUUGUGUGUGUGGGUGUGGGAGGCCGCCCGCCUGUCCGCACGCCCGCCCGCCACCCGCCGCCCGCCGCCGCCGUGUACAUAGUCAUCCCCUUGUAAAUACUCGAAGAGAGAAAGAAGAAAAAAAGAAGCUAAAAAGAAACUGUGGCGGUGGAUGCCCCGUCAGGCAGCGCCGCACUUGUGAUACGUCUCCCGAGGUGAAUUUGUAAUAAUAAUAAUUUCAUUGUACUAUAUGUAUCAUUCAUAUUUAGAUUAACCCCCGGAAUUUAUUUAGUUUGUGUUGGCUGUUUCCCCCGCUGAUAUGCUAACGUCGGAGUGGACUGGUGAUGUGUGGUGAUGUAGUGGUGUACAUAUUUAAGUGAGAAAUAAAUAAGAUAAUUAUUAAUAAUCAUAAAAACCAACAAGCAGCCUCCGUUCCGUGUCGCUGUGGCUACCGCUGGAUUCCAAUAACGUGGACUGCGUGUCGUGUCGUGGAAAGGAUUCAAGAAAGAAAGCCGCCCGCUCGCUCGCUCGCUCCCUUCGCCCAAAAUCACUGUCAUCCUCCUCAGCGGUAGCCGGGCGGUGGCUUCGUCGUCCGGUGAUUCCCACUACGACUUAUAUAUCGGUAAACUCUUGACAGCGUUCCCAGCCUACGAAAAUGGAUCCAAGACCUGAAAACGAAGAAAAAGAAAAAGAAAUAACCGGGACAUAUUUUUUUUUCUUAAAUGAGCGCCAGUAUAAAUAAAUAAAUAAAUAAAUAAAUAACAGUUUAGAAAUGACAGCAAAAUAAUAUCAGGUAUAAUAAUAAAUAAUACUUUGCGCCUAAAAUCAUAAUAAAAAUAACAAUCAUUGCGCGAUGUCUCCCCUUCUGCGGGAGGCGGGUACCACCGCCCUUGUGUUCUCCCCUUAUUGUCCCCACGAUCACCGCUGUGCAGUCCCGUAUAGGUUCUCGCUCCCACCCCUGGUCUCCCCUACUUCGAGUUUCGUGGCCCACGACGUCUCAACCCAUAUUGCUUUAACCCACGGCGGCGACAUCCGGUACCUGUUGGACCGCAACAAGCAAUCUGUCCACUUCGCUGUCCAAGGAAGUGAGCGGGGGUCUUCACCGCUGUUCCAUUUACCUUUUAAGAAUGACAGCAGAAGCGUCGUCGACCCGCGGUGUCAGCGUAGGUACCGGGUGCCGCCUUUCGGAAGAAGAACCUCCUCUUCGUCAUCAAUCUGCGCUGGUGCCCGUAUAGGUCCUGUGUGCACGUAUACAUACAUACAUACAUACAUGCAGGCGGUGAUCGGGCCGCUGGUGGUGGGGAUUGACCCUAUGCAUCUGCACAGUCGGGGGUUGUGAACGGGGCGGAGGAGAAAAAGGAAAUAAAAAAAAAAUGAGGAAAGAUUAAAUGAACCGGAAUAUUUAUAUAUAGACCCCACUCAACUUCCAAACCGCCUGUGUGGGUAGCAAGAAGAUGAAUUCCAGAAAAGAAAAUAGAAAUGAAAAAUAAGAGAAAUGCAAAAAAUGAAAGAUUGGCGCCGUGCUCAACGUCUCAUCACCCCGUCUGUGUUUGUUCAUUAAUGUUCUGAAUGUCUGUAUGAGGCUCUAUAGUAACGUAGGUGAUACGUGAUCCUGAAAUAUUACCUCACUGUCAAAUCACGCCUAAAAAUAAUACCGCUAUUACUGUUGUAUUACUACUACCAUUACUACUAUCAUGUAGGCCCCCCUCCUAUACAAUCCUUCCCUCCCUCCCCCACCCCCUUAAUCUACCAAUCCUUCACGGGUAAAGAUAAAAAAAAAUAUACAGAAAUUCCUUACGAAAAUUUACUCUUAGUAAAAAACCACAAUGAUUUUCAUGCAUUCAUAACGAAAUAAUAAAGAAAGAGACUUUUUACACUGUGGACAUUUCUUUGCUUUUUUGUCAGAGUACAAAGGAUCACGUGAGACAGGAUAAUCUUAAUAUCCACUUUAAGAAUAAUUUGAAAAAAAAAUCUGUAGUCAAGAAAUGUACAUAACCUUGUAUUAAACUUAUUAUGAAUAAUAAAAGAAAGAUUUGUCUAUA